AUGUUCCAUGAGAUCCGUCGCCUGGGAUCCUCCUAUUGCUUUGACAGGUCCAAGGAAAAACUUACGCGUGCUACUCCCGUUAUCCCUACCAUCGCCCGCGAUCUGUCCGAACGCGACCCUCAGAUGAGAUACACGCUUUCGAACGCCAUCGCUCAAGACUCUGCUCUGAUCACUUCCGAUGACCUCCUCGAACAGUUCCGACGCUUGAUCGUCGAACCGGCAGAUCAGCUCGCGAUCUCAGGUCCAAUCGUGAUCGUCAUCGACGCUCUAGACGAAUGUGACGCGUGCGAGCGCAGCAGUCUCCUGUCAGUCUUGAAGAAUGAAGAGCAACAGAAAGCGCUUCCUCCCAAUUUCCGGAUCCUCGUUACUUGCCGGCCGGAGCACGACAUCAUGAACGGGCUCGGGAAGGCUGCCUGCGUCAACGCAAAAUCGAUGACCGAUGUAGAUGAAUCGACCAACAGGAGUGACAUAGAUGUAUAUGUUUGCGAUAGGCUGCCUCAGUCUCUCUUUGAAGCGUGGGAUCUUCCAGUGCUACGUACCAAGAUCGUCGACUCAUCCGAAGGACUCUUUCAAUGGGCUGCGACUGCUUGUCGUUUCUUAGUCGACGAUACCGUGGAGCUGCCGGUCAAGCAAAGGAUGGAUAUCUUGUCCGGUGAAGCCGCGCGGAACCUCGACGAACUGUACUCGCAAGUGCUGCAGUCGGCGUUCCGGUCCGUCUAUCCUCAGGCCAGGGAUAAUUUCCGUCGCGUGAUGAGCUUAGUGCUCGUAGCCGCGGAGCCGCUCUCCGUCAACGCGUUGCAACACAUCUUGUGCCGAAAUGACGGCUUGGACCACGAAGUGCUUGGGAGUGUGCUCAAACGCAUGGGGGCGCUUAUGUCUGGCACCGACGGCACGGAUAUCGUUGUCCGGCCUUUGCACACCUCUUUUAGGGAUUUUAUUUUAGAUCGCAAACGCAGCGGGGAGUUUUCCGUUGCUCCUGGGAUAGAACAACACGGGGAUUUUGCGCGUGGGACUUUGCAAAUGCUGAGCGAGCGGUUACGCAUCAAUAUGUGCAAGCUCGAGACAUCCUACCGUCUCAACACGGACUACCCUGACUUAGAGGAGCGUGUACGCAAGAACAUCCCGUCGAGCUUGGUUUAUUCCGCGCGCUACUGGGCCGAUCAUCUCGAGGAAAUGGCGUACAACUCUGCCCUGCUGCAAAUGGCGGAACGACUGCUGAAAGACAAGUUCCUGUUCUGGCUCGAGGUCUUGAGUCUUCUAGGAUCUGUUUCCACCUGCGCAUCGGCCCUCCUGAAGCUCAAGGAGUGGAUUCCAAAGGACACUGCGGAAGGACCGGAAACGGUCUCAAUUAUCGAGGACUUCCUGAAGUUCAUCCGUGCUUUCGGGGUAGUGAUCGGGUCUUCUGCCCCCCACAUUUAUCUCUCAGCCGUACCUUUCGCACCGGCGAGGUCACAAGUGCGCCAGCUGUACGAAUCAAAGCUCCCCAGAACAGCUACGGUUGUGUGCGGUGGAUCAUCAGAAUGGCCCACCUUGGAAUGCACCAUGGACGGCGAUGACAACGUCCUCUGUGCGGAAUUCUCCGACGAUGGAAAACACAUCUUCUUUGUCUCGCUCGGAUCAUCAUGCUGCACUAUACAUAUAGUGAUGUCUGCUCUGCCGCCUUCUCCUCAGCGCGAGACCUCAUAG